AUUCUGAUGAAGAAAUGAGUAGUCAAGCAAAAUGACACCUUUUAUUGGCUAACUAAAAAGUAAAACUUUGGUAUUGUAAUCUAUCUGGCAGCAAAGAGCUAUGAUGACUUUAUAGUGCCAAACACUUGUAUUUUCUUGUCCAACAGGCUGUUGUAUCUCGUAAGGUAUCGUCCAAAUGGUUAAAAAAAUUAUGAAAAUCCUAAAGGUCACCGGGUAAUGACUUAUAUAGAAGAUGAGGAGCUGAUAGAUGGCCUCUACAACUUCUUGGAUGAAGUGCUGUCAAGUGCUGUAGGCACUUUUGAGAGGAUUGACAGAGUUCGCAUCAUUCUGGAUGUGCUGAUGCCAGAGGCUCUUAUUAAUGCUAAACAAACAGUUGAGAGGAUUUCUCUGCCAGAGGCAGAAAAUCUGUUCAUGGAUGGACCAGCAUACAGUGAGUGGUACGUCAUGUGGAAAAUAAACAGUCCUUUCUUUUUCUUUUCAGCGCCAUUAUUCUGUUAAACGGAAUACCCUAUAGUUGUUGUGAAUUUAGACAAGAAUAUAAACUAAAUAUAUAUAAAUGUGAAUAUAUAUGUUUAAAGUGACAUUUAAACUAUACAUUAGUACAUUUUUAGUAUUGGUAAAAUUACAUUUAGAAGUAUGCCAUA